AUGGAAACGAAUGAAUCAGUUCACAUCGGUCCCCGAUGCUCGACAGACGGGUGAUUCGUAGUGGUGCAAAAUAUGAUUGUAAACUUUCACUUCCCAACGUAAACAAACAAUGAAUGACGUGCAUAAUUUCAGCAAAAAUUCAAUAUAAUGUUCAUUGUUUGAAAUGAUAAGUCAAUUAAUAUCUAAAUUUAAACAGUGAAAUUGCUAAUCGUUAGUGUAUUUUCCCGACCGUCGUUUGAAAAUAUCUCGCCGUGACCAAUUUGAAGUUUUAUAUAGUUUGUGUUACGUCUCCGUGUCGCCUUUUUUUAAAUAUUGUUAUUUUAUGUGCUGAUUGAAUCGUUUGAAAAUAAACAAUGGGAAAAGAUUACGGGGAGCCGAUACGUUACGAUCCCACCUUCAACGGGCCAAUACACAAUCGGUCUUGCACGGACAUCGUCUGGCUAAUUACAUUCAUCCUUUUCCUUGGAGGAUGGGGAUACGUUGGAUACUACAGUAUGACGAGGGGGAAUGUCGAAAAACUUUUAGCACCCAUCGAUUCGAAUGGUCGCCGCUGUGGACUGGACUCGGGCCUUGAAGAUAAAAAGUAUCUAUUGUUUUUCAACAUCGCGAAAUGUUUAGCUCCCGGUACACCCAUAACUGGAUGUCCUACGACGCAAGUUUGCGUAUCGCAAUGUCCUAGUAGAACAGUUUUAUUUGAAAAGGAGAUCAGACAAAAUCCUGGUAUAUUUGAUCAAAUAAAAAAUGACAUGGUAUGUACAGACGGUCUAAACGUUCAAACCAUGACAAGUUCUGAAGCUCUUGAACACAUCAAGAAUGAAAAAUGUACCAGUUUCGUGCUGCAGAGUCAACCAGUUUUAUUCCGCUGCAUCGGGGACCUUUCGACGCUGCAAUGCAAAGAUUCGUCGAAACCAGUACAGUCACGAGACAUGUUAAGUGACGAGACUUGCGUCCGUGACCCAAAGAAGGCGCAGAAGUCAUUGCUGAACAGCGCCACGGCUCUCGAUUCCUACGUGGGGUGGAUCGCUGCCAGCUGGGUGACGUUCUUCACGAGAAACGAACGCGAUACCCAUAUUCUAUCGUCGCAGAUAGUGCAGGACUUGGUGCAGUCUCGUUGGUACAUGGCAGGCGCGCUAGUCGCUGUGGUUCUGGUUUGCUUCAUCUACAUCCUCCUGCUGCGCUGGGUGGUCACCCCCGUGGUGUGGACCUCCAUCGCCGGAUUAUUCGCACUUUUAGGAUUUGCUAUUUAUUUGUGUUACAAGAACUACGAGUAUUAUAAGGCAAAUCCAGUCGGCCUGUAUCAAACAACAAACCUAAAGGGCUACGCGCAAAGUAUCUUCGCCAAAAGUGAAACGUGGCUCGUAAUACUCAUAAUAUCAGCAAUCGUAUUCCUAAUACUACUGCUGGUGAUUAUUUUCUUGCGCAAUCGUAUAGUUAUUGCAAUCGCACUCAUUCGUGAAGGAAGCAAAGCAGUAACAGCCAUCAAAUCUACAGUUCUGUUCCCUAUAUUUCCAUGGAUACUGCAAUGCGGUAUUAUCGCUUAUGGGGUAUUAGUUCUCAUGUAUCUCCUGUCGAUUGGCGAAUCGGCGUUCCGUGUUGUAAACCUGAAGAAUGACACAACGUGCGACUGUGGAGGACUCUAUACAGAGGAAGGAGUCGCUUGUAAUCCCGCUAAAUUUAUAAGUCAGUGUCACGAUACGAGAUCCGCUCUGCUACCCUGUCAGGUGGCCUCUUGCCACUUCACCGGCAUCGAUAAUCCUUACAGUGUUAUAUACAUGCAGCUUGUGAAUUUGCUUGGUUUCUUCUGGGCAAUGUUCUUUAUCAGUGGUGUCGCUGAUAUGAUGCUAGCAAGCACAUUCUCCACCUGGUACUGGACUUUCCAUAAAAGAGAUUUGCCGUUCUUCACUCUUACAUCGGGAAUAUACAGAACAUUUAGAUAUCACUUAGGAACUGUGGCAUUUGGGGCUCUCAUAAUUGCCAUCGUGCGAGUUAUCAGGGUCAUCUUAGAGUACAUUGACCACAAAUUGAAGAAAUUCGACAAUCCCUUCACGCGGUGCAUCAUGUGCUGCUGCAAAUGCUUUUUCUGGUGUUUGGAGAAUUUCCUCAAAUUCGUGAACAAGAAUGCCUACAUCAUGUGCGCCGUGCACGGGAAGAACUUCUGCCGGAGCGCCAACGACGCCUUCUCGCUGCUCAUGAGGAAUAUCGUCCGCGUCGUCGUCUUGGAUAAGGUGGCAGAUUUCAUUUUCUUCCUGUCCAAGCUUCUUAUAUCAAUCGGGGUCGGGUUCGCGGUGUACUACUUGCUGGAGUGGAACUACGUGUACGAGGUGACGAAAGGCGAGCGCUUGCACUACAACUACGUGCCGGCCAUCAUCCUCAGUGUUGCCACUUAUCUCAUAUGCACGAUAUUCUUCAACGUAUACUCGAUGGCAGUGGAUACGUUGUUUCUAUGUUUCCUUGAAGACUGCGAGCGGAAUGAUGGUUCACCGGAGAAGCCGUACUUUAUGUCUAAAAAUCUUAUGAAAAUUCUGGGUAAAAGAAACAAAAAAGCGAUAUAAGCAAGUGCCAAAUUAUUCUUCCUUGUUCAAUUAUAUUUUGAUUAUUUUCUAGAUUUAGGAAUUUUAAUUGAUAUCAAAAUUUCAAAUAAAGUUAUAAUGAAAACUUAUUUUCUGUAAACCUGCAAGGAGAAACAUUUAUAAAGACUUUUAGCCCAAAAUGGGUGAUGAUUUACCUAAGAAAUGUAAUAUUUAAGUUUUGGAAGUAAUUUACUAAUAAGUUUGUAUUCAUGUAUUUUAUAAGGUUUUUAUGUGAGUAAUUGUUAAAAAGCUAUUUAUAUUGAGUGCCAGAACAAUUUAUUUUAUAAAUUGUCUGAUUUUCUACUUGUGGUAACAAUAUUUUUUAUUAAACAUAUUUCUAUUGAAAA